CAUGUAACAAGCAACCUUGGAAACAUCUACAACACGUCAUCUCCUAGUGAUAGACAAAUUUCUGCCUUCGACAUACAUUCAAGAUGUUCAAGAAAGAGUACGAUGCCCCCAAUUAGAAUGCGACACGCUUACUGACCAAUCCUUUGUAGCAUAUCCCCAGGGUCAAAAUCCAAAGUCAAGUCCUCGGUGCAGAGAGCAAUUCGGACGCAAAUCACAACAACAUAUCCUUUACUCGCACCUCAUAUCGAUGAGAUUAUACCCAAGAAAGAGCAGCUGGAUGCUAUGAAAAUGUGUGUUCUACUCCCAUUAUACGAUCAAUGUGCGCAAACAUACCUAACAAUGCUAUUUAGUCCUGACAGAGUAACGCUCUACCUGAUCGGAUCGACGCCCCUCUUCUACCAGCAUAUGACCGACGCCCUCCUUCCCCAUCUCAAACUCGUCCACCGAUUCCCAACCUGUUUCCCAAGUAUCCGAAUUGAUCGAGGUGCUAUCCGAUUUGUCCUGUCUGGCGCAACACUUAUGGCACCUGGUUUAACAUCUACGGGAGGAAGACUGCCAAGUGGAGAUGCAGAGGAGAAGGGUGUGUAUGGGGAGACUCGGGAUGGGGAGGUGGGAGAAGGAGGAAGAGAGGGAGGAGGAUGGUAUGGAGGACGCGAAUUGGAAGCGGGAGAACCAGUGGUCAUUUGCGCUGAAGGAAAGGAGGAGCCAUGUGCUGUUGGUCUGCUGAGUAUGGGUACCAAGGAGGUCAAGGAGAAAGGCAAGGGCCCAGUUGUUGAAGAAGGACACUAUUUGGGAGAUGGGUUGUGGAAGUUAAGUACGGAGUAG